UCUCCUCUCCAAAGUGUGUUUUUGUCAAGGUGUGAACGGACCACACACCUGUGAAGAAUCCAGGAAGCAGAGAUGCUCCCACUCCCAACUUGGGCUGCCAAAGGCUCCCCCCACCCAACUGCCUUUGAUUGGCUGCCCACAGGCCAUGAUGCCACAAUUGUAGUGAUGUCAGCAUGUGAUGUUGGGAGCCCCCAGAAUUCCUCGGCCCAUGCAAGAGGUGGCUGGAAGGUCCUGCAGAAGGGAGAGAACAGGUGGUGCAUGGGAACUGCCGUCUGUAUAUAGGGUAUAUCCAGCCCUAUGCCUAACCGGAGGCAGCUGCAAAGAGGCACGAUCAGGGUGGCAGAGCUGACAUGGUUGCCUGAGAAAGGAUGGAGACCUAUGAGGACCACCUUUGGUGCCCCUACAAUUCCCAGAGCGCGGAGGACGAGGACGAUGAUGAAGGGCCCUACCACGACCCCCACCUGGCCAGGGUGCGGGCUCGGAGCACGAGCCGCUCCCGCCACCGCUCCUCCUUCCUGGUAGACGAGCUAGACAUGCUCAUGGACAAAGCGGCCACCACCAUCCAGGCCACGUGGCGAGGCUACCUGGCGCGGAGGCGCAUCCUUCGGGAGCACGCUGCCGCCUCUGUCAUCCAGGCCGCUUGGAGGCACUUCAUCACCCGGGAGUAUGCGGCCCUGCAGCGGGAGCAAAUGCCCUCGUGGCAAGGGUACGGGCAGGAGCAUCGGGUUGAGAGGAGGAGGAGCAGGAGGAGGAAGAGUAGGAGGAGGACGCCCUCCCUGGCCUCCUUCAACGAGAGGAGCAGGUCCUGGGGGGGCCUGGAGAUGGACCGGGAAACAGCUACGAUCAUCAUCCAGGCACACUACCGGGGCUACAAGACCCGGCAGGCCCUCGCAGAGUGCAGGCGGGCAGCCACGACUAUCCAGGCGCACUGGAGGGGCUACCGCACCCGGCAGGAGCUGGCGCGGAUGCCGCAACGCCCUGCCCACCGGCCCGGCCCAACAGGGACCUACUACGGGCAGCCCAGCUACAUGCCGGGGAGCUCUUCUUGGGUGGGCCCUUACCCCAGGAAGCACUGGCGCAAGUGUCUUGUGGGAGACCCCGAGGAGUGGGCGAGCAAGGUCCCUCGGACUCAGUCACACGCGAAGGAACGCACGGGGGAAAGCAGGCGGGAGCACCUGGAAUUCCGGGAAAGGGAGCGCCCAGGAGCCAGGGAAAAGGAGCGCUCGGAACCAAAGUCGUGCCCCCGCUGCGGGAGAUGCACCACUGUGCGUGUCCUGGUGGGGGUUGGCAAGGGCCCGCCCUCUGAAUCAGACAUGGACGACAGCGAGUGCGAGGGGCAUGUCCGGCCUGCAUCUGCCAGGAGGAAGAGCCCGGCCUCCAGGUCGAGGGGGUCACGGUCGCCUGCCAGGCCUCAGCCUUACGGGUCCCAUGUGUCCUACCAGAUGGGCCCCAGGGCCUAUUACCCCGGAAACCAGAGCAUGGCGCCUGAAGACCAGCCGCGAAGGCAGGGCCGGGAUCCCGGAGGCCUGAGCCAGCGCUAUUCCACGGGGCAUGCGGCUGCCCGUCCCACGCGGGACCGCAACACAACGCGGAGCCUCUCCUCCACCAGCCUCAGCCAACAGGGAGCACCGAGCGCAGGGACCUCUGAAUGGCUUUAUGAGAACUACUGUGCCCGCCGGAUGGGCGAGGGCCAGAAGCGGGUGUUCAAGACGCGGAAGCAGAUGUGGCAGGUGGCGCGGGCGGCUACCCUCAUCCAGGCCUUCUGGAGGGGGUGGAGGGCACGGCAGAUCUUGCGCCAACAGCAGGAAGCUGCCAUCAAGAUCCAGUCCGCCUACCGGGGCUACAGGACCAGGCUGUACCUCAUCGAGGCCGGAGUGCUGAGUGAGGGAGACACCGAGUGACACCCUGCCCUUAAGAAUACGGGGCCCAGUUGGAGGAGAGGGCAGGCUGGUGGCUGUCACUGGGUGGCUGUUCCCACUGCAGCCUUUUCCUUCCUAGUACAAGAAAACGAGCUUACAUCCCAAUAAAUAAAUCCUAAUUACAAACCCUUUGGAAAAGUCAUGC